GCCAGAAAAGCGCCGCGGCCGCGGGGGAGGCUGCAGCAGACCGAGGGGCCGCCUGCCUUCCCUGCACCGCUCACCCUUUUCUGCCGCAACAGAGAGGUGCCGGAGAGGAGAGUGGGGCUGAGGAGCUGCUGUAACUUUGUAGUAGUACUUUGGUUAAAAUGAUGCCAGUGAGCGCACAAAGUGGAUAUCGCGAGCUUUUUGGAAAGCGUAUUUGAUUAAUAGAUUAUCUGCAGUAGGUAUGAAGCAAACUAAAAUCUGGUGGCGGUUUUAAAGCCCCUUGUAACUGCUGCCUUUCAUGCAAGAUUUCUGAAUUGCUUUAGAGAAAACUCCUAAACCUGUGUGCCUUAAUGAGUAAAGGAGAUGGCUCUAUGAUAACUGUGACAGUAAAUAUGCUGAUGCUUUAGUUGAAGUUACGAACUGCAUCUUUUUAGACAAGCUUCCUGGGUACAGUAAAAGUUAAUACAGUUAGAUACAAGCAAAAUAGAAGAGCUUACAAAAUAAUACAAGUUGUUUUAUUACAAGCAGAGAAUCAAUCAAUGGCAGUUUCACUCAGUCUUCGUCACUGUAACAGAAGGACUGGCUGUAAGAUGGAUAUGUCUGUUUUUUCUGUUGCUGUUUGGAUGUUUGUUUGCCUCUAUGCAUCUGUGGUUGGCUAUCCAAAUGGAAAAGUAAGAGAAGCCUGUACUAGCAUGGUACCCUGUCAUGGUAGCUCUCCUCAGCUGUCACCUGAGCACACCAUUGCAGUGAAUGGGACUGAAUUUAAACCAGGGGACAGCAUAGAAGUUCAUUUGUCUGGACCAGAUUUUGAAGGAUUUUUCAUACAAGCCCGGGAUGCAGAACAUCUGGAUAGCCCUGCAGUUGGUUCUUUUGUGUUGGCUGACCGGAGACGUUCUCAGCUGCUGACAUGUGGUCGUACCAAGAAUUCAGCUGUCAGUCACACAAGUAAAGCAAAAAAGAAAGACAUAAAAGUUUAUUGGGUUGCUCCUGGAGAUGCUCCAAAGCAUGUACAGUUUCUAGCGACAGUUGUGAAGAAAUACAGGAUUUUCUGGGUAAAGAUUCCAGGUCCCAUUGUUUCCCAGCCUGAUGUCCUCUCCCCAACACCACCUUUGCAUGCAACGACAGAGGCUAUGUCAACUUCACACCCGGUUUCCUACAUAUCAAAGCCAUUUAGUGCAUCAAGUUGUGGAAUUAUGAAGUUCUGCGUUAGGAACCCUACAAACUGUGAUCCUGGAAGUGCGUCCUGUUUUUUUCUAUCAUUCCAACAAGAGGAGAGCUCAGUUUUUAUUGAAAUGAGUGGUCCAAGUGAAGGAUAUUUAGCAUUUGCAUUUUCCCAUGACCAGUGGAUGGGUGGUGAUGAUGCUUACCUGUGUGUUAAUGAGGAUCACCGUGUUCACGUGAGCACUGCCCGUCUGAAGGAGCGAAGUCAUCCUCUCUUGGAUUCAGAGAAUUCCCUUGAAGAAGUGUCAUGGAGGCUUGCAGAUGGCCUUCUUCAAUGUUCUUUCAGAAGGAGUAUCCAUCUCCCUGCUUAUAAAGGGAGAUUUAAUCUGGAUACCAGUUACUACAUCUUUCUGGCAAAUGGGGAAGCUGGUGAAGGUGGGCUUAUAUACAAACAUCAUCGUCAGCCCCUUGUAACCAAUGGACUGUACAAUGUCACGGGUCUUCCUCAGGAUAUUGGAGGUUCCCGGGCCCCACGGCUUAUCAAGGCUCAUGGAGCACUAAUGUUUGUUACUUGGAUUACCACAGUUAGUAUCGGUGUUAUUGUUGCACGAUUCUUCAAACCUGUCUGGUCUCAUUCAUUCCUACUUGGAAAGGAGUUGUGGUUUCAGGUGCAUCGUAUGCUUAUGUUAGUCACAGUCAUGCUGACAAGCAUUUCUUUUGUGUUGCCUUUUGUAUACCGAGGAGGUUGGAGCCAACAAGCAGGUUUUCAUCCUUAUCUUGGCUGUGCUGUGAUGGCUUUGACAAUCUUUCAACCACUUAUGGCAGGUUUCAGACCAUCUCGUCACUCGCCAAGGAGGCAGUUGUUUAACUGGUUUCACUGGAGUACUGGUACAACAGCUAGAAUAUUAGCUGUUGUGACUAUGUUCUUGGGAAUGGAUCUGCCUGCACUUGACCUGCCAGACCCAUGGGACACCUAUGCAAUGAUUGGCUUUGUAGCUUGGCAUGUUGGUACUGAUGUUCUGCUGGAAAUACACAGCUACUGUCUUAUUCGUAAAGCUGAAGUGAUAGAGGAUGACAGAGUACAGAUACUGCAGUCACUAACAUCUGCAGAAGCAGAGGGUCGUCUGUUUAAACAGAUUGUGUUAACCAUCUAUGUCUGUGGAAAUAUAGUAUUCCUUGUUGCCUUCCUGAUAGCAACCAACCAAUGCCAGGGAGGUCAUCUCAAUGACACGGGGCUCUGGCCAGCUGACGCCGGCUGUGUGGAGUGCCAAGCGAUGCAGCGCAAGCAGCUGAACCUGAGGAGUCAUCUGGAUGCCUGUGACAGUAUGUCACCAACUCAGAUUUUUCAACAGAUUCAAAUACUACACUACUGCUUCACACAGUGCUGUAUGUUUACUUAGCCCUUUACCUUAGAGUGGUGAUUAUUAACUAGGAGCAAAAAACUUGGUAUAAUAGAGUUUCCUUAUUUUUGUGUAAGUUUUGAUUGUCAGGAUUUCAGACCUGUUUCAUAGCUACAUUUUCUAAUCAGAAAAGAAUUAUUGUCCUUAUUUUCACCUGAAUCUGAAGUGGAUCCUCUUAGUGACUUUCUGCUGUUUACUUGGUAUUCACUCAUGGUGAAAUUUUGGAAGAAGUUUGAACUGAUCUAUUGGCUCUGUGGAGGUGAAAGGAGACAUUGUGCUUCUGUCUCUAUAUCCCAUAUAUCCCAUAUUCCCACAGUUAACGUGGCUGGCUGCUCAUUGAAUCUGCUCACUAAGCUGACUGAGACUAACCAAGCUAAAAGGUGGCUAUUGCUAUGCUGAUGAGUCAGAUCAUUGCCCAGGGAAGCUUGAUGAGUGCCAAAAUGUGGUAAAGAGAGAGGAUAGAAGGUGAAACUGUGGCUACUGGAAAAUGCAAAGGCGCAGGAAAGAGCAGUGGAAGAAGAGGGACAAGUAGGAAGAAAGGGAAAGUGAUGGUAAGCUGUUAGAUAAACCAAGCUGUUAAAUGUAAAUUUACCUUUACAGGCUAUGUAACACAAUAUGUGGAAACUUUAUCUUUUUUUCCUUUUCUUCCCCCCUGGAGGCUGAAUAGGCCUUGGAAACACUUUUGUCAGAUCAAAGGUUAAUACCUUAUUACCAUUCAUGAAUGCAAAGAAUAAUCUGGUUGUAUGAAAGAAUAUUCUGGGGACGAUAGAAGUCCUUUUCGUGUCAUAUCUUCUUAAGAUGUGAAUGGGCUCUUUACCCAGUGACUUAAGGAGAGCCAAGCUAAUCUGCAUGUGAUGGCACUGCUUCAUUAGAUAUAAUUUCUGAAGAGUGUCUUUGCAAAUUUCUCUGCAGCCUGGCAAGUAGAACCUGUAGUUGGUUUGGAGAUCCAUUACGGUCUUUAUAGAUUUCUCACUGUCCAAAUGCACUUGGAGAUGGUCUGCAAAAGCUGGAGUUAUUUUAAUAACUUAUUUUAACAAAAUCUUUGAAAAUUUGGAGAUGUGUAUAGCCUGUAGGUAAAAUGACUAUUUGAAGAGGGUUUGAUGCAUUGUGUUAACCUGGAAAAGGGGCUUGUCAGGUUAUUACUCAUUUCACUGACUAUUAUAUUAGCCAAAUAGAUCUAGCUGUAUUGUCAGGCACACAGCUGAUGCAGUUACAAGACAUUAAGAAACCUGUUCUUGAGGUUUGAAUUAGAAAUUUAAUUCACAUAUCUUGCUUAUAGUCACACUGAGUUGGACAUGAUGUUGGUGUUUGAAAGAAAAAUCAGGAACACUCCAACCACUCUAGUUAGCACCUAUCAUCCUCUAAUUUUAUUGGUGUGUUCUCUUCUUUUGGCUAAUGCAGCUCAGGAUUGCGAUCAAAAGUUGUCAUUACAUCAUGACUGAUCAGUGUUUGUAUGAUAAGUUCUAUAUUCUCAGUUUCCAGUGGGCUGUCAUUAAUGAGAGAAGUAAAAUGUGAGUAGCAGGCACAGCAAUCUAUCCUUUCAGUGAAGGAACACCGCACAUCAGUGUAAGUAGUAUCAAUAUCUUUUCACAUAGUCUACAUUGCAAAAACCAAUAGAAGAUAAUAAUGAAUUUAUUUAUAUGUGUAUUCUUUUCUGUUGAGAUUCAGGAACAUUCUUUAUGGAAAUCCCCUUUCUCCAGUUGUAUGAAGUAAUUGAUACGUUCAUAUUAAUACUUGAUUCUUAGGAGACAGCCACUUAGAUUAGUGUUGCUUGGAAUUUAUACCAUAUAUCUCAGUAAUUGUUGCAGGGGUUUGUUAUUGAUUUGUUUAAUGCUAUAGCUCAGAAAUGGCUAAAGCUAGAUGGAUCAAAAACUUUAAUAACACCAAUUUGGACAUCCAGCUGGAAGAGAGAGGUACUUUGGGGGAACCUAAUGAUCUGUCUGAAGGAAAUGGAACCUUAAACACAGUGAGGGAUCUUAGCUCUCUUUAGUUCUAAGAAAUGUCCUACGUCAAUGUUGUAUUAUUCUGAAGUGACUCUUUUUACCAGUUUAAGUGCAUGGAAUGUGUUUCAUGAUUGACACAGUUUGACUUCAUAUGUGUUGUAUUUUGAGAACUUAAUGCCUUUUAAACAAAUAGGCUUAUUUCUUAAAUAAUCUUCUAGCUGCU